UCCUCAGUGUUUUUCUCUCUUUUGUGUUUUUUAACAGAGUCUUGUCUCUGUGUAUUUUAGUGUUGAUGAUGGAUGUGAUGUGCUGUAAAUCAGGAACUGAUCAGGACUUACAGGAUGAUGAAUCUACUGAUCAAACCUCCACAGAGUCUCUGGAUUCUGUCUGUAACGCUGGAGAACAGCAGCAGAUCCUGCAGACCAAACUCAACAUGUGUUCAGUCAAACUCACGGACUGCUCGAACCUCGUGAUGGAGAUUAAAACUGAACCCACAGAAAUAAAAACUGAACCCACAGAAAUAAAAACGGAACCAACAGAAAUAAAAACGGAACCUACAGCAGAUGAAUAUGAAGACAAACAUAACGAUGCGGCUCAUGAUUGUAUUCUGUCAGAUAAGAAGAGUGAUUCAAGUUUUGAUGGAGAAAUAAUGUCAUCAACGUCAAAAGAGCGAUGGACCGCACAAACUCUUUCCUGCAUCACCGGUGAAGAGACACUGAGCUCCCAAAGACAUUUAGAGAGAAAACACACAGAACAGAAUCUCUUCACCUGCAGGAGAUGUAAAAUCAGCUUUACUACCUUACAAGAGAAGAAACUUCUUUCAGAAGAGUACAAAGAAAAGAAGUCCUUUCACUGUCAGCAGUGUUUAAAUGAUUUUUUUACCACAACAACAACAACAACUAAUAUAAACAUUGACAUGAGGACACACAGUGAUGAAAAGCCUUUCCACUGCACUGAAUGUGGCAAACACUUCACAUCCAAACAUAAUCUAUAUUCACAUCAGAGAAUUCACACAGGAGAAAAACCAUACGAGUGUCCUCACUGUGAGAUGAGAUUCAGACACAAACCUCAUCUAAAGGCACAUGUGAUUUUACACACCAAUGAGAGACCGUAUCUGUGCAGUGAAUGUGGAAAAACCUUUAGGCAAGCAAGUACAUUCAAAUCACACCAGAAUAUUCACACUCAAGAGAGACGCUAUCAAUGUUCACACUGUGAUAAAAGUUUUGGUCAGAAAUCUCAGCUGAAAGCUCAUCAGAGAUCUUACACUGGAAAGAAACCUUACGUCUGUAGUGUUUGUGCCAAGAGUUUUAGUCAACAUUCCAGUUUAUUGACACAUCAGAGAACUCAUACAGGUGAAAAACCUUACAAAUGCUCUCAGUGUGAGAAGACGUUUGCUCAUUCAGGUAACUUAAAAGUACAUGAGAGAGUUCAUACUGGAGAGAAACCUUACCAGUGUGGUGUUUGUGAAAAGAGUUUUAAUCAACAUUACAAUUUAGUGUCACACCAGAGAAUUCAUACAGGUGAAAAACCUUACAAAUGCUCUCAUUGUGAGAAGAUGUUUACUCAUUUAGGUAACUUAAAAUCCCAUCAGAGAGUUCAUACUGGAGAGAAACCUUACGUCUGCUAUCAGUGCGGGAAGAGCUUCUUUGAUCAAGCUUCUUUGAACUGUCACCAGAGAGUUCACACUGGAGAAAAACCUUAUAAAUGCUCUAAUUGUGAGAAGACGUUUGCUCAGUCAGGUCACUUAAAAACCCAUCAGAGAGUUCACACUGGAGAGAAACCUUACGUCUGCUCGAUCUGUGGAGAGGGAUUCACGAAUGCAGGACCUUUCAAGACUCAUCAGAAGAAACACGUUGAAGAACAAACUGAUCUGUGAAAAAUACUUUGUCUCCUUUUUCACCCCUGAUUGCACCCCUGUGAACAAAACCACAAGCUAUAUACAUACGGACACAGAGUGAUGGACCACAAAAAGAAAAUGGAUCCUCCAGAGGACUAUCUGCUCCUCCAUCUUAAGCAAAUAUGUUUCUCAUGUAGUUCAUGGAGUUGACUCAUCGGGGGCGAUGCCAUACUAAAUGCAGGCUUUCGGAUAGGGCUGGAUGAUCAUUAAAGGUCACGUUUUUUCUGAUCCCAUUUUUUUAAACCCUAGUUAGUGUGUAAUGUUGCGAACGGCCGGUUUGGACUACAGCCCUCUACUUCCUGCUUUAAUGACAUCACUAAAACAGUUUUUUGACUAAACCCCACCCACAGGAAUACAUCAGUCGCCAGUUACACUUCAGAGUGCGAGGGAUUAUAGGUGUGUCGUUAUAUUUCCGCUGCCUACUGCUGUGACAUCAUACACGUGAGAGUGUCGUUGUACAUUCACAUACAUUAAUUUAUUUCUCAGUCUGCCACCAAAUUGGCCACCACAAAUAGAUGCUUGCACAUCGCGUUUAUCACUACCUCUGUCUUUGGGAACUUAUAGCAGAGCACAGAUGACAACAUAUUUGCUCGAGACGGCUAGCUCGAAGGUAAAGCUAAUCUUUUACAUUAUAGUGAUGACGCUAGUAGUGACUGUUCUCUCAGACCAAUCAGUGUUCUGCAGUGUUUUCGCGUCAUGUUUUGGUAUCAGCUCAGGUCGCUUGGAACCCCAACUGAGGUGGUACUAUAAAAAGUAUCGGGUAUUACAUACUGCACCCAGUGGAAAAUCUCCCAAAAGUAAGCUGACCUAAUCCAGACAGGGGGGGGGACUAUGCAAUGGAAAAGCCCCAUAAGUAAACGCUUGUACCUCUGUGAUUUUUGCACCUCAAUGAGUUUUUCCCUUUUUGGCAUUUCUUUCUUCAGAAGAGCUGUAUUUUUUUUCUAACAGCUACUUUACUUUGGUUUAGGGAGGGAUAAGAACCCAGCUAACAGAGAAAAGUUUUAAGAAGGUUUCCUUGAAAGUUCCCAACGUUCCCAAAAAUGUUCUGGCAACAUGAAAAGUGUCCAGUUUUUUAAGCUUUCUAAGAACAUUUCUGGGUUGUCUGAACAUAGAGGAAUGUUACAUUCUACAAUUUUCAAAUGUUGAGAUGAUGUCAUGUUUUAAUGUUCACACAUUUAAAACAACUGUUUUCUAGAUUUACUUUUUUCUUGUUAUGUAAAUGAUAGAGAAACAUUGCAUUUUAUUAUUUUAAAACCGUUAUAAAACAUUUCUGAAUGUUCUCUAAAAAUAUUGCUGUAGAAAAAACAAUUGACUUAAUGUUUUCAGAUGUUGAUGUUUUGUUUCAUUUAAAGUCACCAUUAUGGUGAUCAGUGUUUGUUUUAGGACUGGACUCUUGACCCUUGAAAUUUUGCUUUCUAGUUUUUCCCCAGUUGCAUUAACUUUGUGUGUAUAUAACACAUUUGCUGUGUUAAUGAUCAUCAUCUAAUUAAUUGAUUCAGUCAAUCAUCACAAGUUUCUUUCAUGUCAAAAUAAGAUCCAGCACUUAACAGCAGUUUGUCAUUAAGGGUUUUUAGAAACUAUGGAUACAAAUUAAUUGCUGUAUAUUUGGGACUCACUAAUGUCAAGAAUCAGAGUAUGAAUCUCAACAAUGGUGACAAUUAAAUGAAAAACUUCAUACUACAAUGCAUGCUGGGUAUCAUGCUAGGAUUACACAUCUCAUCCAGGACUCCCAGCAUGCACUGUGGCAUGGAUAAAUAAUUAACGUUUUACAAUUUUAAAUCUUAAAUUAUUUAAAAUCUUGUUAACGUAAGUUAAUGCACAGUGAACUAACAUGAACAAAGAUUAAUAAAUACUGUAACAAAUGUAUGGCUCAUGGUUUGUUCAUGUUAGGUAAUACAUUACAAUAAGGUUAAUUAGUUAACAUUAGUUAAAGUGUAACCAAAUCCUUAAUGACAAACUGCUGUAAGAAUUGACAGAAAAUAAACUUUUGAUGAGUGAGUAAAUCAAUUAAUUAGAUGAUGAUCUUUACCAUUAUGUACCAACCACCACAGAAUUUCACUAUUAACUUUACAUGUUCAUAACAAAUGUUCUUUAUAAACACAAAUUAAUGCAACCAGGGAAAAACUAGCAAGCAAAAACUCAA